AUGGCUCCUCCAAAGAAUAACGGCGCUCCUCGUCGUCCCUCCCAUCUCCUUCACCACGGCUCCUCCUCAGACCAACGUCUCGGCCAUCUAAUCGCCUACGGCACCCUCCCACCCACGCACAUCGACCCCGAACCCAUCCCCCAAGAUGCCACUCCAGAGCCUUCAAAACCUACGCAACCGAGCUCCCGCGCUCUACCUCCCGAUCUGCUCCGCGGUCUUCUCAUGCUGCUCAUGGCGAUGGACCACAUGGGUCUUGCACUAAACACAUGGUCCCACGGCACCGGUCGCGAAACAGAAGGGGAUGGUGUUCCGAUUAAGGAGUGGAAUAGAACGGCUGCGUAUGUCGUUAGGACGCUUACACAUCUUUGCGCGCCUGGUUUUACGCUGUUGCUUGGUGUCGGUGUUGUGUAUCUUGGACGAUCGAGGUCGAAGUUGGGGUGGUCCAAGUUGAGAAUUGCGCAGUACUUUGCUGUGCGCACAGCGGUCCUGAUCUUGGUCAACUUUGUUAUGGGAUUUGUUAUGACACUGGGCAAGACAUGGCUCAUGAACGCCGUGCUCUUCUCUCUUGCGAUCGAUUACUUCCUGGCCGGUUUGCUCUGGCUGGCAAUCGAUUCCACCGAACCUCUUCUCGCGAAGGCCAUUUCUCGAUACUUCCCCGAGGAAGAAUCCGAUGAAGAGACCGAAGCACUCCUCGAGAGCGGAACUACCAACAAGAUAACCCGCGCGGCGCGUAUCUCAUGGCAUGCGCACAAUGCUCUUCUCGUGGUGCUAGCUCUGGUGACCAUUUGGUGGAAUAUCUGGCUGUCACCUACCCACGGCCACUGCGAUAUCAACUCAGCCGCUGGAAACGACGGACAAGGACCUACCGACAGUCCGGCUGUAUCUCACAACCCUUGGUUCGGACUCUGGUUCUGGACCACCCUCACACCACGCGUCAUGUCCGUCUUUCCUCCCAUGGCCUGGGUAUCCUUCGCGAUCCUCGGAUUGUUAUACGGCCGCAUCGACGUCGCGCGCACCUGGAACGCCAAGAUCUCAUCGCUGUGCAAUUUGGCAGCUGGUCUAUUCUUCUUCCUCUUCUUCGUCCUCACGCGCGUCGCACACUUUGGCAAUCUCUCCGAAGGAUGUCUUCAAACACCCGAGCACAUCGCUCACCCCGACCGCAACCAAUAUCUCGUCUCAGCCAAGUCCUUCUUCUACAUCAUGAAGUACCCCCCGGACGUCGCAUUCUGGGCCUUCACCAUGGCUGGCAAUCUUGUUCUUCUCGCCAUUUUUGGUGGUAUCCCUACACAUAUUGCCAAGCGCUUCACCAUGUUGAUCGACUUUGGUCGUGCGGCGCUGUUUUUCUACAUCGUGCACAUGUUUUUCGUGUUUGGCUUUGGAGCGCUGUGGGUGUGGGCGUUUGGCCACGAUACUGGACGAAAGCAACCCAUGAACCCUGGCUCUACGCGCGGUAUCGACAAUGUUUUCGCAUACCUUGCCAUUUGGGGUUUGGCGAUGGUGUUGUUGUGGCCUGUUGUUAGAUGGUAUGCCCGAUUCAAGGCUACCAAGACUGCUGAUUCUAUCUGGCGUUUCUUUUAA